CAGUUACCUCCCUUCGUAUUGAAUGUCCAUGAACAACGCGAGACAGUUUCGAAAAUUAUAAUUGGUCAAUUUUUUACAAUUUAAAGCCACAGCGAUGUUAAGUUUUGAAGUCAGUCCAAAAGGGCGAUGGAUACUUCUGGGUGUUGCUGCCCCAACCACAGCCCUUCUGCUGUACUGGCUACUCAAGACCUCCAAUGAAGAAGAAGAUUACACUGAGCAGAAGAAAGCAAGCAAAGCUGCGACCUCCCGACAGACAGUGAUAGAGGUUGCGAUCCCCCGCAAGCUGGUCGGUACUGUCAUAGGCAGACAGGGGGCAACCAUCAAGGAGCUGCAAGAGAAGAGCGGUGCGCGCAUGAACUUCAAGGACAAUCCCCAGGGGGAGGACGCAGACAGGACGCUCAUCAUACGAGGCUCAGCUGAGAAUGCCCAGCGUGCAGAAUGUCUGGUGCGCGAAAUACUGGCUGACGUGCCUGUUCUUGUGGAAGAAGUGAUCAUGGUGCCUCAGUAUUCCCUUGGAAGGUUAAUUGGAAAAGGUGGGGAGGUUGUUCGGCAGAUGCAGAGGUCUUCCAGCUGCAAGAUCUACAUAGAGCGUACCACAGGCCCUAACAAGGAUCAGCCAAGGAAGGUCACUCUUACAGGCACUACAGAACAAAUCGUGAUUGCAAAGGCAUUGAUUCAGGAGCAGUUAUACGAAGAAGAACAGUUCAGAGCCCGAACAGCAGUUUCUGCAGCCAACAAGGAACCAAGAAUACAGAGGCAACCCAAUAAACAUGGGGUUUCAAAAGUGCAAGGUAAUGCAGGUAACACCAACACAAAGUCAAGCACAAUGAAUGGAGCAACCUCACCAGAUGUUUCUGAAUCCCAAUGCUCUCGUGAAAGUGUGAGGACCAUGUCCUUGCCAAAGGGACCGGAGUAUCUGGAGGUGUAUGUGUCAGCCAUUGCUCACCCAGGGGCAUUUUGGGUACAGCUUAUCGGAAGUACGGCUGUCAAGUUGGACCAGUUGUCGGAAAGUAUGACACGCUUCUAUGAGACGACAGGAAAGGACCUUACACUGCCCAGUGUGAAGAAAGGGGACCUGGUUGCAGCCCCGUUUGAGAAUGACAACACCUGGUAUCGGGCUCGUGUGAUGGACGUCCAAGUCUCGGAACUCGAUGUCUUCUAUGUGGACUAUGGUGACAGUGCUUACCUGGACGCAAGCAAAGUGAAACCUUUGAGUGCCGAGUACCUUGAGUUACCUCUUCAAGCCAUUGAGUGUCGACUACAUGGAGUGGAGCCAACACCAGGGGGGUGGAGUGAUGCAACAUUUGAGAGGUUUGAACAGCUGACUUACUGUGCCAAGUGGAAGGUCAUCAUGGCCCAGCUGAUUGCGUAUGAGAAAGAUAUAGCUUCUCUGGUUCUGUAUGACACCAACAAAGAGCAGGAUGUGAACAUCAAUGAUGAGCUGGUCAAGUGUGGUCUUGCGUUGGCCUCAGGUUCUAAUGGUAACCCUGGUGACACAAAGUGAAGCUCUUGUAGUCAUUUAACAAGUCCUGAAAUCCUGUGACCAGUCGUUGCUAGUCACAUCGUUGAUGACAUGGUUCGGAAAGUUGGACGUUUGAAGUCAGAAGUAUUUCAUCGAAAGUCAGCAUGAUCUGUGUUGAACAAUUGCAAUCUUAAGACAAGUUGAUUUUGUUCUACAUGCAACACAACUUAUAGCAUAUGAAAUAGAGAUUGUAGUAUUUCUUUUAGUUAAAUAUUUUUGCAGGGCCCUAUUAAUCAUGUAUUAGUUUUAUUUGAAUAGUAUCAACACAAUAUUAUAUACAAUCACUGAUGUAAUGCUCAGAAAUGCUCACCAGGUGUUUCAAGCCGAAAUUCAAAUACAUGAAAAAAUAAAUCCAUUUUGUUCAUUAUUUCCUUAUAUUGCACUGUAUGCAGUUAACAAUGCCUUGCACUGCUCGUAUUUGAAAGAAAUUUGUGUCAAUUAAACGGUGCUUCGAUAUGUUGUUUGUUGUUGUAAUGAUCAGUUUUAUUGUGAACAAUGCAUUAAAUAAUGCAAACAAAUAUUGAUUGUUCUGUUGACUUCCUUAAGUGUGUUGUUCUAGAUUUUGAAUGAGGAAAAUUGUUAUUUUAAGUUACUUUAUGAUAUUACAUGUAUUAUUGUGUUUUGACAUUAAUCAGACAGUCAAUGACGUUUUCUAUUCAUUGUCUCAAAUCUAAGUUGAAUCAUAAUUUCAAAAAAUACAUUUAAAACGCACACUUUAAAAAGAAGAGACAUGUAUUUAUUGACUGAGUGUGAGGCAUAAUAAGGCACUAUGUCAAGGUAACAAGUUAAGUUCAAAGGUCAAAUUAUUUUCUUAAUCACAGCAAGAAACUUGGCAGAAGCUACAAGCAUUCUGAGAUGGAGUGGCAAGUUGAAAGGCCAAGGAUACAUUAAAAGAUCAACGAUAAAAGAGUAAUCAUUAAAAAAAAAAACAUUUGUUAUAAGAAAAAAAUGAUUUUUAGUGUAAUUUUUUGCUGGCCUGUAUUGUUUUAAAAUCUAUGUAAAACAUAUGCAAAUUGAAUGUGUUACAUGGAUUAAUACAAAAGCUAUGAAAAGAUUCGAGCAUUGGAUCUUAAAGUACAGGAAUGGAGGAAAUUAGAUUAACCUUAAUUGCUUCAUUGUUGUUCAUCUUGAAUUGUUUUUGAGACGUGCUCAGGGAAACAAGGGUUUAAUUCAGACCGCAGAGGCUAAUCAGGAACUGCACUUUCCACUUAUAUUUAUAUAUUAUAUUUUUUAUUUCAAGAAAGUCUCUUCGAAGCAAAAAUCCAGUUAAGGCUGAAAGUGUGGUCCUUAAUUAGCCUGUGCAGAUUGUCAUAAGAUUUGUCUUAUCUUGACCUGCAAAAUUACGACCCAAAUAUCUUGCUCAAUUUGGCUCUUGUUAUUCUUCUUCAGUAACAGCACUGCUUGUAAAUAGAAAAUUGUGCCAGCGCCUAUUGAUUAAGGGGUGAAACCGUACAAAGGUACUCAGCUGGGUGUUAAUUUAGAAUUAUUAACAUCAUAUGUGUGUACAUGUGGAUAAGGUGGACAAUGACAAUGUUAUCAAAUAUAUUGUUUAUAUUAAAGAUUAUUGUGCCUCUCUGGAAAAUAUCUGCAUCAGAAAACGGUAUAUUAACGCAUGGGUUGCAAUUGUUCCCACCAUUUCUUAUGUAUAUAUUGAUAUUUUAAAUGUGUGUUCUUACUAAAGUUUUGAUUUUGUUAUCAUGAAACUUUCUGACAUUAAAGAAAAUUAUUAUAUUGAUAAUGUUUAUUGAUUUACUAAUUUUACUUAUUAAAGUAUUUUAAAUAAGACACAUGUUUAAAAAGCAAUUAAGUUUUCAAAGUUUUAUUUACGUUAAUAAGAUCUUAUGACGUCCAUUGCAUACCAAUUAUGCAUGUUUUAACGACUGAUACCUCAACCCACAUUAAAGAUGACACAAAUUACUGUGAAUCCACAGUUACCUCCGGUUUCUUCUUGUAAUUACUUCAAAAUGCCAUCACAAUAGACAUGGUGUCUUGAUGUAUUAUGUUAGACAUCUGAUGCACUAAUUAAAACGAAAAAUUACUUAGUACAUGAACCUACGUUGAAUAAAAUAAUUAAUUCUGUCUUAAAAAAAAACAAGCAAGAUUUAAAACCAUUUGUUGUUUUAUGUGUAUAUUAAGUUUUUUAUUUGCUUAUGUGAAGAUGAUAAUGGUAGACAAAUUCAACUAAUAAUAUUUAAAUUUGACAACAUAAAAUAUCAUAACAUAUUCUUGUUCUCAUGUUCACAUUUCUGUAUUUAUUUUUCUAUGUACUUUGGAACAUGAACCACAUAACACAUAUGUUCUUGUGUAAGUGCACAUGAUUAUAUUAACUUUUGAUAUUGUAAUUGUUUCAGUUAAGGAUUUUUUAUUUUGUUUAUUAUAUGAUUUUGUAUAUAUUGUUUUGAUGUGCUUUAAAACAGGUUUAAAUGCCAAUUGUUGGUGCCAGUUUUGCUAAUUGUAUGCUGCGUUGUUGUUGUAUUAAGUGAAUUUCAGUGUACUGUAAAGGCAAUACACCACUUGUGUCAACUAAA